GCCUCCAAGAAGCAGAAACUAUUUUUAAUGUCAUGGUGCCCAGAUACUGCUAAGGUUAAGAAGAAGAUGUUGUACUCCUCUAGCUUUGAUGCCCUCAAAAAAUCACUUGUCGGUGUUCAGAAAUAUAUCCAGGCAACAGACUUGUCAGAAGCAUCACAGGAAGCAGUAGAAGAAAAGUUACGUUCCACCGAUAGGCAAUAAAAAACCUAAAAAAAGAACCAGAAGCAAAUGAUAAUGGGUAUUAUAUCCAAUCGAAAUUUUUUUAAUUAAAGUGUAAUUGUUUCUUUUUUUUCUUUUUUUUUCUCUGAAAUAUUUUUUUCAAUUCUAAACUUCUAUCUGCCUAUUUUAUGUCAUAGACAUGAAAUUAUGGCAUUUAUGCAGUUGUCAGCCUCUAGUCUAUCUGACGCUUGUUCCGUCAGAUUUACUUCACCAUGUCAGCGGCAUUGUAAUGCUUACGCUUUUUACAGCAAUGUGAUGCGGCUGGCCUUUACCAGCACUACCAAGCUGAAUGGAUUAUCUUUUAAAACUUUUGACAGUUAAUGAUUAACUUCAUCUGGGAACUUGUAUUAUACCUAAGUGAAGCUAUAACCUUUUUUCUCUCUCUUGUUUCCUCUUUAUAGGGCAUCAAUUAUUUUUAUUACUAUUUUUAAUUUUAUUUAUUUAUUUGAUUAUUUUUAAGUGUAAUUUUACAGCUGUAUUAAGUAAUGUAAAUUAUCUUGAAAACCAAAUAUUAAUUAUUUAACCUACAAAAAAAAGAAGAAAGAAAAUAAACAAUUUUUUUAAUUUGUUCGUUGCCUCAAAGUUCCUCGUAUUUUUGUUCUGAAGUCAAAUUACUUAAAAGAGGGGGAAAAAAGAACACUUAACAUCAACAUAAUCAUGCUAACAGUGAAUGCAAACUGUCAGACAGAAUGGUACCAUAUCAUUCAAUGCAAGCGCGAAUUUACUGGUUAGUAAUUUUAAUAUACUUUUAUCCAAUUAUUUUGCUCAUUUCCCUCAGCUUAUACUUAUUCUUUUUAUAAUAUUUUUAUAUGCUACUUUUUCUCUCCUAUCAUUUUUUUCUUUACUUAUCUCAAAGGUAUUUUUAUAUAACCAGAACAAAACUCUUUAAUCACUUUAUUUAUCUAUUUUUUUACCAGGUAUUAGAAUCGUGAUUUCAGUAAUACCUAUUUUUUAAACUGCUAUUUGAAUAAGAAUCUGCCAUAGUGAAAAGCCUGAUCAAUGGCUGUACUUUGAAGUAUUGUUUGAUUUCUUUAUUUAAUUUUUUAUUUAUUUAUUUUUUUUCAAUUUUCUAAUAUAAUACUGUAUUGCUGUAAUUUGAAUGGUAUGAUAUGUCCUUGCUUAGUAAUAAAUGGAAUAUUUAUAUUACA